AUGAGCGACACUUCAAAACCUGACAAAGAUGCAGUGGCUUCAGUGUCUGUCAUUGAUGUGGUUACGCCAAAAGAUGAGAAAUCAUCUGUGCAAACGAUCCCGAUUUCAAAUAAUUCGGAGACAGAAAGUGAUACCACUGCACUGGUCACUGUUCCACUGAGCUUCAAGCUUCUGUCGAUUCUCAUGGUCUCGGCUAUUGGCUUUGGCUCGUCUUGGAGCAGUGGUAUCACAGGCGCAAUGAAGACAGCAUUGAAGAAGGGACUGAAAAUCAACAACACUGAAUACGCGCUUCUUGACGCAAGCGAGGACUUCAUGAAGACUGCUCUUGUCAUGGUUUCUGGUGUUGUGACGGAUCGCAUUGGAGGCGCGAAAGAAGCAAUACUUUAUGGCAAUGCCAUCUACUCUAUUGGCUCGAUCUUAGUAGCAGCUGCAACGACAGUACGCAACUACAAGUUCAUGAUCUUUGGUCAAAUUGUCCUUUCGCUUGGAGACAUUGCAACCCAAAUUGCGCAAUAUAAAAUAUUUUCAAGUUGGUUUCCACCGAGUCAUGGAUUCGCGUCAACUCUUGCCUUGGAGCUGGCAAUCGGUAAGAUUAGUGGCUUUGUUGGUAAAUCAACUGCCAAUAUCAUCUCGGAGAGGACAGGCGAUUUCUCUUGGGUUUUCUGGACAGCUGUCUUCAUGAACCUCUUCACGAACGUCAUGACUGGCAUGUCUGAUCCCGCCACAGGUGAGGUUCUCACAGAGAAGAACAAGAAAUUUGAGUUGAGAAGAGUGCUGGAGCUCCCCUGGACAUUCUGGGGUAUCAUGCUGUUCACUUUAUUUGAGACCAGUGAUGCGAUUGUUUUUACGGCAAAUGCUACAGAACUGGCGCAACUACGGUUUGGGACAGAUGCCAUUACCGCUGGCUGGUGCUCUAGUCUCCUCCAAUACGCAGGGUUCUUCGUUGUUCCUUGCGUUGGCAUUUUUGUCGAUAUAUAUGGAAACAGACUUAUUCUCCUGGUCGUAUGUGGUGCAGGCGUAUUGCUGUCCAUGUGCCUUGUCAAUUGGGCAACUACAGCUCAGGGAACAGCAGCGGCAUUUGUUUUCGGAUCUGUCUAUGCAAUCAAAAUCACAUUGAAUAAUGCACAAAACAUCAUUGUUCGUAUUCUCACCGGCGUUCUUCAAGACGACUCCCCAGCCUCGAAUCCAUACUUAAAGGUCACUCCUGUCUACGUGGUGCUAUCAGCCGGCUCCUUCGUUGUUUCGGCUCUGUUACUAGGCAUCUUUCUUGUUGCAAAGGGGGCAAAGGGGGCAAAGAGUAGUAUAUAUGUUGACAUUGCUCGUUUGCAAUGGACGAGGAAGCAAAGGAUCAGAAAUGGCGAAGCGAUCAAGGAACGCGGAAUGGCAGUGGGACUUGGAGAAGAGAAGGGUGCAAGAAUUGAGCAUACAAGAGAGAGGACACGAAUGAAGACCAUCAGUAUGGCGGCAUUUGGUAUCUUGUGCUUCUGGAUUCUAGGAAGCUGGACAGCCUAUUUCUGGGGUGUGGCAACAGAACAUAACGACUGA